AUCCGUGACUCGUAAAUACAGCUUUGAAAUCUCGAGCAUUUCAGGAAUGUUGCUCUUUACUUGGAUGUUAGUCUUGUCCUGGUCACAGUUCAAGGCGCCUCAUCUAUUAUUUUGUUUUCCUCCAAACUUUAAGGGACAAAGUGCUUCCAGCACAGCAACCUCUGCCACAUUCCGUCAUCUCCUGAGAUUCGGAGCUGUGGCUCUUAUUGUUGGCGCAGUGUUAAUGCUGUGUGCAUCCAUGGCCGCUCUGUACCUGUGGAAAGUCAGCGAUAAAAACGUUUAUAAUGUUCGUUACAGUAUGAACAUCAAUGGGGAGGUAAGGGAGGGCUCCAUGGAAAUUGAUUCUGACAACAAUCUGGAGAGAUUUAAAAUGGGGAGCGGAGCCGAGGAAGCCGUGGAGAUUCAUGACUUUCAAACUGGAAUAACGGGAAUUCUCUUCUUUGGAGGAGACAAGUGCUAUAUAAAAUCCCAAAUCAAAGCCAGGCUUCCACACAUGGGAGUUCGCAGCAAGGAGGCGGCGUUGUUCGACCUGACCGAUGAAUUAAUGCCCGUGAGGUUCGACGAUGAGCUCCUUUUCUGGGUUGCUGAAGAGCAGCCGCUGAAGGACACCAGGUUUCUGAGCAGCAAAAUUCUGGAGCUCUGCGGUGAACUUCCCAUUUACUGGCUCCAGCCCAUGCACUCUAAAGAUGGGGAGAGGAAAAAGAGAGACACACGGCGAGCCACGAGGCAGUUUAACAUGGAGGAGUUUGAGGCAGCUGCUGAAGUGAGGGACCCGAUGAAUCACACGGUGCGUGACACCUCCAGAGCCGCGGAGGAGGAGGAGGAGGAGGAUGGGGCGCAGGCGUCCGCGGGGUCAGCGUACAAUCCUGAAAACCCCUAUCACCGCAGCGGAGAGGCCAGAGAGGAAGGUGCCGUGACCUUUGACACCAUGUUGGACCACCAGGGGAUCUGCUGCUCCGAGUGCCAGCGCAGCUACACUCACUGUCAGCGAGUGUGUGAGCCCCUGCGAGGCUACUGGCCUUGGCCUUACAACUACAGAGGCUGCCAGGUAGCUUGUCGAGUCAUUAUGCCUUGUCGCUGGUGGGUGGCGCGUAUUUUGGGUCUUGUGUAA